UGUUUGCUGUGACCCAGUAGGCAUCCAUAUUGGAUGACUGGAUCAUCCGCUGCUGCACCCGUCGUUCAUUAUGGGACCUACAAUGAUCAACGGUUGUAGUUCGGUCUGGCCGGGAAUUCGGCUGCGUUGAUGUGGUCCGGGUCUCUGGAACCACUUGCUGUAACUGGGCCAGGAUGACAUGUCCUUUGUCAGGCAGUAAUGGAACCUUUUUCCUAGUUCUAUAAGUAAAGCUGGACGCUUGUUCUUGCAUUAACUCCUCAUCAACUUAUCGUAUGAAACUGUGAAUCCAUUCCGAGGUUUCACUGCCAACCCAAAGAGUUGGAUAGCACGGCGAGCGUCAUCUUCUCUCUACCGAAGUUAUAUACCACUUCGUUUUGAGAGAGGUGAUGCUCUCUCAGGUGAAGAGGUCUCCUCUGAUCUUCAGCUCGUGUAAAGUGGAAGCCAACAGAGUCAUGGCCGCUCCUACAAAGAACAGAAAGGUCUCCUUCGCCAUGGAGAGGACUGCCCAAUGGAUCAUGUCUCAAGGAAUUCCAACUGAUGUGGUUAUCAAAGUCGGAGAAGCGAACUUUUCCCUUCAUAAGUUCAUGCUGGUGGCAAAGAGCAACCACAUCAGGAAACUCGUGAUGGAAUCGGGGGAAAAAGAUCUGACUAAGAUCGACCUCUCCGGCAUCCCUGGGGGCGCCAAUACCUUCGAGAAGGCUGCCAAGUUCUCCUAUGGUGUGAACUUUGAGAUCACAGUUCAAAACGUGGCUGCCCUUCGCUGUGCCGCCGAGUAUCUUCAGAUGACAGAUCAUUAUUGUGAUGACAAUCUCGCCGGUCGUACUGAUGAUUUCCUCUCACAGGUUGGAUUUUCAAGCUUCUUGAGCUCAGUUGCAGUUCUAAAGUCAUGCGAGGAUCUCCUCCCCUUGGCGGAAGACCUCAAAAUUGUUGAUAGAUGCAUUGAAGCUGCAAUCUUUGAGGCAUGUAAAGAGGCUGAUUUUCCGAGCCGUUCGCCACCAAACUGGUGGAUGGAGGAGCUAACCAUUUUGGAUGUGGCUUUCUUCGGGAGGAUUAUCAGUGCCAUGAGAGCAAGGGGCACAAAACCCGUAGUCUUGGCAAGGUCUAUUAUGACGUACACCGAGAGGAACCUUAGGGAUCUUGUCCGGGACCAUUCUGGCAAUGGGACCAGGUCAUCGGCUCCCACUGACCACGAACACAUGACCAAACAGUGCAAGCUUGUGGAAUCCAUAGUUGCCCUUCUGCCCUCUGAGAAGGCUGCUUUCCCAAUCAACUUCCUAUGCUGCCUUCUCCGAUGUGCCAUAUUUGUGAAAGCCUCGACAGGCUGUAAGAAGGAGCUUGAGAAGAGGAUCUCAGCAAUUUUCGAGCACGUAACUGUGGACGACCUUCUAGUGCUCUCAUUCACUUAUGAUGGGGAGAGGCUCUUUGAUCUCGAGAGUGUGAGGAGGAUCUUAGCGGGAUUCGUAGAGAAGGAGAAAAGCGUGGCUGUUUUCAAUGCGAACGAUUUGAGGGAGUUCUGCUCUUCUACUUUGCAGAGAGUGGCCAAGAUUGUGGAUGUGUAUCUAGGCGAGAUUGCAAUUUACAGUGACCUGAGCAUCUCGAAGUUCAAUGGCAUAGCGAAUCUCGUGCCUAAGGCAGCACGGAAAGUUGAUGAUGAUCUCUAUCGAGCCAUUGACAUCUACCUGAAGGCUCACCCGAACCUUGAUGAAAUAGAGAGGGAAAAGGUUUGCAGCGUGAUGGACCCAUUGAAGCUGUCUUACGAAGCUCGGCUCCAUGCCUCCCAGAACAAGAGACUGCCCGUACAGAUUGUCCUGCACGCCCUCUACUAUGACCAGCUCAAGAUUAGAAGCGGCACCUCAGAGAGUUAUAACAAGCAAGAUCCCGUGACAAUGAGAAGCCAAGUUCUGGCCGACGUUUCGCUUGUCAGGGAGAAUGAGGAUCUAAGAUCUGAGCUCACGAUGAUGAAGAUGUACAUCUCGGACCUGCAGAAGAGCCAUGGGCCCAAAGGGUUGACAAGGCGUCCCACGUUCUUCUCAUCCAUGUCCAAGACGCUGGGAAAGUUGAAUCCCUUCCGCCAUGGGUCGAAGGACACUUCUAAUAUCGUCGAUGAUCCUGAGGAGGUUAAGAAGCCGAGAAGGAGAAGGUUCUCAAUAUCUUGAUUUGGUGGCCCUUUUGUCAAAUAAGGUAUAGGAAGUGUAUAGUCUGAACAAGUUUGUGAUGCUUUGUGAAUGUGCUUCUUCUUGUUUUAUUUUCCUCGUAUCUUUUUUUUUUUUCUUGAUGAAUUUUUUAUACUGUCCGUGGUUCAUUGUUUGGCAUUUGAGUUUGCUAUAAAUAUAUUGGUUUAUUAUCGCAUC